AUGGCUCAAGGCCGAGAGGAAUCCCUCUUGGCCUUGGAAAUUUGUACAGUCUCAAGCGGAUUCCUCCCAACGAGAUGGGUUGUACACCCUCUCGUCGGGAGGGAUUACUCCCGACGAGAGGGUGUACAACCACUCCAGUUCCUCAUCAUCCCACACCGUACACCACUCGGUCAGGCUCUAUCUACCGUAUCUGCAUCCGACUUCUUGAUCACUCCUCUGUUGGCCGUAGAAGAAGUUACUGCCUGGGGUGAAUCGACCCUCAGGGCUAUGCAAGCGCUUGGUGGUCCAACUCUGGGCGUCCUUGGACUUGUCUCUCACCUCGAAUCAUUAAACGGAACUAGAGAAACUCAAAAAACUCGCGAGAGUCUCACCAGCUUCUUACGCUAUUUCUUCCCCAAAUCUCUCUUACUCAAUCGGCUCGUCUCAGUCGAUAGGCCUGAAGAAAUCUUAGUAGCAGUCCGGAGCAUCCUCGCCAAACUACCCAAUCAAGCGUCAAAUGGCCUUCCACUCGGCUGGAGAGAGGGUCGAGCUCGGCUGGUUGCUGAAAAGAUUGAUUGGGAAGAGGGAACUCUGAAAGUAACCGGGCAUGUCAGAGGCGGAAGGUUCAGUGCAAACAGACUAGUGCAUUUGCCCUUCUUCGGUGACUUUCGAGUCAGUAUGAUGACCAUGGCUGAGGAUGGAAAAGUGAUAUCAGUUCGUACAAAUGAGGAAGCAGAUGACCUUGUCUCGGAGAACUGUCCUUCAGUGGGUGACGAACUGAUGGCCGAACAAACCUGGCCAACCGAAGAAGAAAUAGCUAGCGCACCUGCCCACCAACAGAAGACCGCCAGAAACAAGAAAGCGAGACGUGUUCCCGUCGGUACCAGUGAAUACCAGGCUGCAUGGAUCGUUGACGAGGACGGCAAAGGUCUCGAAGACAAUGAAGAAGAAGAAGAAGAAGAAGAUGGAGAUAUCGAAGGAGAUAUUGAGUUCGACAAAUCCCCAGAUCAACUUGAGGAAGAUGAUGAUGAUGAAGAUGAGAUGGAGGAUUUGAAAGUCAACAACCAAGCCGGAUCGUCCAAGGAUGUACACUUUAUGGACCUAUCAGACGAAGCUGAGCAGGCCGACCUAGCUCAGUAUCGCGCCGACCGACAACGCGAACGAGAUCGCGCCGCAAAAGAAGACAAAGAGUUUCCAGAUGAAAUAGAUACUCCGCUAGAUAUCCCAGCCCGAGAAAGGUUUGCAAGAUAUAGAGGGAUGAAGAGUCUUCGAACGAGUGAAUGGGACCCUUACGAAAAUUUACCAAUCGAUUAUUCAAAGAUUUUUGCUUUCCAAGGAUGGAAAUCCAUGGGCUGA